GUAAUUUCACGUGCUAACCUAAAAAAAAUAUGGCCACAAAGAGGUUACUGAAAUACUCGCUGCUGAGCACUGUGGGUAUUGGCAGCUUUUUAGCUGGAAGUUACUACGAGAAAAACAAUAACAGUAUUGUUUGUAAACCAUGCCUUCCAAUUUUCGGGACCGUCUCUGCAGCAGUUCCAUUCACGACAUCGCCCCAAACGACUUCGAGCAAUGCUUCAAGAAUAUCCCAGAUCAUGAAAUAUGGGUUUCCUGGUAUGGACCAUGUGAGGUCAUUUGAUGAUUUCGUAUUGAGUUAUGACAGGAAGACGAGGGUGGCUCACUGGGUCUUUGAGCAUCUGACAGCAGAGAACACGAAGAAGAAUGAUGGAGUGGAUAGAGCACUUUGUGAUUUUAAGCCAGAUGAAAGCAUACAUUCUUAUUUCAGAUCUGAGAAUUCAGAUUAUAAGAGGUCUGGCUAUGAUAGAGGGCAUUUGGCAGCAGCUGGUAAUCACAAGGGUCAUCAGAAGCACUGUGACCAGACAUUCUAUUUGUCAAAUAUGGCACCACAGGUGGGUGUGGGCUUCAAUAGGGACUCAUGGAACCGGCUAGAGAGAUAUGUUAGGAAGUUGACGAAUACUUACCCAAAUGUUUACUGCUGCACUGGACCAUUAUAUCUACCUAAGAAGGAAGGUGAUGGUAAAAAGUAUGUAAGGUAUGAAGUUAUUGGUGAAAAGAAUGUUGCUGUACCUACACAUUUCUUCAAAGUGCUUGUGAUGGAAACUUCAGAUGGACAUUUAGAAAUGGAAUCUUUUGUGAUGCCUAAUCAAGUUAUCGAUAAUGAAGUUCCUUUGACCAGUUUUCAAGUACCUCCAGAAAGUAUUGAGAGGGCAGCCGGUUUACUUUUCUUUGAUAAUGUCAGUAGAAGCAAAAUAAGCAAGAUCAAUGGAAAGAAACAAUGAUUCAAAUGUGAUUUAGUACAAUAAUAAAUACAUUCAAUUUUA